AUGACUAUAAGGAACCAACGAUUCUCUCUUCUUAAACAACCUAUAUACUCCACACUUAACCAGCAUUUAAUAGAUUAUCCAACCCCGAGCAAUCUUAGUUAUUGGUGGGGGUUCGGUUCGUUAGCUGGUAUUUGUUUAGUCAUUCAGAUAGUGACUGGCGUUUUUUUAGCUAUGCAUUACACACCUCAUGUGGAUCUAGCUUUCAACAGCGUAGAACACAUUAUGAGAGAUGUUGAAGGGGGCUGGUUGCUCCGUUAUAUGCAUGCUAAUGGGGCAAGUAUGUUUCUCAUUGUGGUUCACCUUCAUAUUUUUCGUGGUCUAUAUCAUGCGAGUUAUAGCAGUCCUAGGGAAUUUGUUUGGUGUCUCGGAGUUGUCAUAUUCCUAUUAAUGAUUGUGACAGCUUUUAUAGGAUACGUACCACCUUGGGGUCAGAUGAGCUUUUGGGGAGCAACAGUAAUUACAAGCUUAGCUAGCGCCAUACCAGUAGUAGGAGAUACCAUAGUGACUUGGCUUUGGGGUGGUUUCUCCGUGGACAAUGCCACCUUAAAUCGUUUUUUUAGUCUCCAUCAUUUACUCCCCCUUAUUUUAGCAGGCGCCAGUCUUCUUCAUCUGGCUGCAUUGCAUCAAUAUGGAUCAAAUAAUCCAUUGGGUGUACAUUCUGAGAUGGAUAAAAUUGCUUCUUACCCUUAUUUUUAUGUAAAGGAUCUUGUAGGUCGGGUAGCUUCUGCUAUCUUUUUUUCCAUUUGGAUUUUUUUUGCUCCAAAUGUUUUGGGGCAUCCCGACAAUUAUAUACCUGCUAAUCCGAUGCCCACCCCGCCUCAUAUUGUGCCGGAAUGGUAUUUCCUACCGAUCCAUGCCAUUCUUCGCAGUAUACCUGACAAAGCGGGGGGUGUAGCCGCAAUAGCACCAGUUUUUAUAUCUCUCUUGGCUUUACCUUUUUUUAAAGAAAUGUAUGUGCGUAGUUCAAGUUUUCGACCGAUUCACCAAGGAAUAUUUUGGUUGCUUUUGGCGGAUUGCUUACUACUAGGUUGGAUCGGAUGUCAACCUGUGGAGGCACCAUUUGUUACUAUUGGACAAAUUUCUUCUUUCUUUUUCUUCUUGUUCUUUGCCAUAACGCCCAUUCCGGGACGAGUUGGAAGAGGAAUUCCAAAAUAUUACACGGAAUAG